GGGACCAUACUUGCAACGCUACUACACCAGUGAAGUGGGCGACGUUAUCCUCCCAGUCCAAUUGUUGAAGUAGUUGAUACAACUGGUGGUAGUUCUGUGCUGGAAGAUGCCUAAAAUAGGAUUUAUCUGUAUGAUAUGGUGCUUGGCAGCAGUGUCACAUUGCGCACUCGGACGGUUCUCCUCGGAAGGAAAACAUAGGCCUACUGCCAAGAUUUGAGCCUCUGAACACCUCCUUUGGAGAUUGUUCGGAGAGCUCGAUGGACUUGGUUAUGCUACUGGACUCGUCUCGUAGCGUCGGUGCCAACAAUUUCCUUCGUCUUAAAGAACUCAUGAUAGAAGUGGUCACGGCUAUCAAUAUUGACGAUGGAAAGGUCCGUGUUGCAGUGGUCACCUUCUCCACAUCCUCCGCCGUUGAAUUCUUUCUGGAUGACUUCACGUCAAAGAAAGAUGUUCAAAAGAAGAUUAAAGGCAUGGUUUAUUUAGAAGGAUAUACAAAUAUUGCCUCCGGUCUCUCUUUGGUCAAAGACGAUGUGUUUCAGGUGAAUAAGGGGGACAGACCCAGCGUCAGGAACGUCCUGCUGCUUAUAGUUGAUGGACCUUCAAAUCGAAAUUCAUCCUUAACCAUACCUACGGCCAUGCUGCUAAAGGAAUCGGGGGUCCAUGUCUUUGUUCUCGGCAUACAAAGCGCUGACGUUGAUGAAAUUACGGGCAUCGCCUCCGACCCAACCGAGAUCAACUGUAUCAAGGGACAAUUUGAUGAUCUUGAGCACAUAGAAGAAUAUCUAUUCAAAACUAUGUGCACAGGUGUCGCUCGUGCUGAGGCAAUGUCGUCGGCUGUGUCAACAACGGCACCCACAACACCAGACGUGCCUAGCUCAAGUUGGAAUGGGGUGACAACAACUACGGAUACGACACCUACCGGUACUUCGACAACUUCACCAGAAACGACAACCACAUCAAAAAUCAUUUCUACGACAAAAACAGCGGAGGGAACGGCCAUCACAGGUUCUACCGCGUCUGACACAACAAAGACCUCGACAACUUCAGCAAGAGCGACAACUACAGAAGCAACGUCCGUGCAUACGACACGUGCCGGUAAUACCACGCCUUUCACGUCAAUAACCUCGACAACUACAGCAGGAUUGACGGCAACAGACGCAACACCUCUCUUCACAACAACUGAAGGCACAGGUUCCACCACCCCUGUUACUUCAGCGGCAAAGGACACAACACCAACGUCCUUCUACACGCUACCUACGGGUUCUACCACCCCUUCAACAUCAAUGAACUCGAUAUCUACAACAGGGGCGACCACGACAACAACAACAGACACUAUCAACCCUGCCUCAACCACGGCCUCGGUACCAGCACCUGGAUUGACAACGGAUGGGUCAACGACUACAGGUUUCAGCACAUCCAAUGCUUGUUACCGCCGGUGUGACCAGGCGGCAGCCUAUACUCCAGAGAUUACCGAUGACAUCUUCAAAGAUCUCCAACUGCCCAAACGGGAACUGUCCAAGCAGAUCGACAAGAGGACAUCUACAUCCAACCUCUCCAAGAGUGAAAUGGUGACUGGAAUGGGAGUGUCUCUUGUCCUGUUGGCUCCAUUUGUCUGCCUGGUCGGAUGGGACGUCCUUGACUUCAUCAGAUACAUCGACAGAAGGUUCAGAAACAAAGACAGGCAGGGAUUCUAUUGAACAUAUACACACGUUUCCCCAAUUCCAUGUCCGAGUCGCUAAGGCUAAAAAAAAUACUGAUGCGACUUGUUAUUGUUACUCGCUCAGUAGGGGCGGUAGGGUAGCCUGAUGGUUAAAGCGUUCGCUCCUCACGCCGAA